GCCUAUCCCCGCCCCGCGGCGAACCGAACCGGGAGGCAACGCGAUGAGCGCGGCUGGCGCGGGCGUGGGCGGUCGCCCCUGGGCGCGACUGUCCCGCCUCGUCUCCUUCAGCGCGACCCACCGGCUCCACAGCAAAUGUCUGAGUAACGAAGAAAACUUGAAACUGUAUGGGAAAUGCAAUAAUCCAAAUGGCCAUGGGCACAAUUAUAAAGUUGUGGUGACAGUUCAUGGAGAGAUUGAUCCUGUUACAGGCAUGGUUAUGAAUAUGACCGACCUCAAAGAGUACAUGGAGGAGGCAAUUAUGAAGCCCCUUGAUCAUAAGAAUCUGGAUCUAGAUGUGCCAUACUUUGCAGAUAUUGUAAGCACGACAGAAAAUGUAGCUGUAUAUAUCUGGGAAAACCUCCAGAAAUUUCUUCCUAUGGGAGUUCUUUAUAAAGUAAAAGUAUAUGAAACUGACAAUAAUGUUGUCGUCUAUAAAGGAGAGUAGCUUUUAGGAGUUCAUACUGUAGAAAGAUUAAUUUCUUUCCACAUUUGAAAAAGGUCUUUAUCCUCUUGGACUAUUAAAAAGUCAUCACAGAAUUGUUAGAGCUUCACCUUGUGUUCUGGUGCCUCAUUUAUUGAAAUCAUUGUGUGUAAGACCUGUUGUGUAUU